AUGCAACCUCUCUACUCAGCUUGGCAGUGUAUUCCAUGGCUUGUGGUCCUCAUCAUCGAAUGUCUGGCCAUAGUCAUCCUUAAUAUCAUCACCAUUGUUGUUUUUAUGAAGAAGAAGCGUCAGCUACAGCGGCGGAGUACAUAUUUGAUCAUCCACCUGGCGAUGGUCGAUCUCCUGGUGGGUGUAGUCUCUGGGCCGCUGCAAAUUGAAAGAAGAAUGUCGGGGCUCUGUCCUCUAUGGAAUUACAGACGAAAGAAUAUUUGGUCUCAUUAUUUAUCUUAUGCAUUUUUACAUUUAUUCUCGUUCACUUCCCUAACAAAUCUUAUCGCUAUUUCCUUAGAACGGCUACACGCAACAUUUUUUCCAUUCAGGCAUCGCGUUAUGAGGGAAUGGGUUUAUAGAGCCAUAAUUAUUGUCAUUUGGUUAAUACCUAUUGUUAGAGAGGCCGCUCAAAUUUUCUUAAAGGGAAUUGCUGAUCGAGCUGUAAUUAACACUUCCUUGUAUAUCCUAUUUGCUGCAGUUUCUCUAUUUGUUAUCUGUGUAUCUUACAUCCUCAUUACUAUUAAGGUACGAUGUAGUCGUCAUCCUCAAUUUCAUUCUAGGUCCAAAAGAGAAAGAAAACUGACGGGUACUGCGCUUAUCGUCUCACUUGUAUCGAUACUUUGUUGUCUACCAGCGAGUAUAUAUGUAGCAUGUCUUCGCGUUUCCUUCACUUGUUUCAGAAAUUUUCAUAUUGAGAUCGCUGUGUUAGUUCUAGUUUUAGCUAACUCACUUAUAAAUCCUAUAAUUUACGCUAUUCGGAUGCCAGGAUUCAGAGAAGGUUUAUCACAGCUAUUUUACAGGGUCCCAGACCUUUCUCGUGUCGCCCCGGCAAACCUGCCACUUCGAAACCUUAAUAGGGCGUCGAUUGAUGGUAGCCAGUGUAAUUUGUAUAUUAUUGGUGUGAUAUGGCAAUACGGUGGUGCUAGAUACAGAAAUCUUGCAGCUGUGUUUUGA